CACCAUCAGUCGUGUUCAAUGAACCUAUGUUUUCAUAACGAAAAUCGCCGCGACGAUGGGAUUAGGCACCGCUACAAUGGUGUCGUCGGUAUUGGGUAAAAGAUCGCGUAUGCGAACAUACGCAAACCGCGUCAGGAAAGACACAGCGGAUUCACCAGGAAAGAGAGUCUGUAUCGAAGUUGUCAAGCCUCUCCAAGACAUUACGAACACUCUACCUGUCGUGCCUCUGCCGGUGCCAAAAAGCAAAAGGUCAAUUACGGACUAUUUCGCAAAACCACCAGCUUCAGCAAACCCCUCAUCCUCUGACACCAACCCCUCAUCUGAUCAGCCUCAAGAACACAUUCAUUCCAGCCCUUCCUCAUCGUCGAAGACUCCCCCAUCUUCACCACCUCCUCUGGAACCAUAUCAUACCGGCAUAAAACCAGCAAGUCGAAAACGUCGGAGGUUAACAACAAGGCCACGGGCUAUCCAAGCAACAAGACCUCAAACCACCAAACCUGACAAAAUGAUGUCUCCUGAAUACUUCGACCGUCCUGUGUCCAGCAGCGACUCGGACAGUUUCUAUUCUUCCAGCUGGGAGGGUAGUAUUAUCGACGGAUACACUGCAACCCAGGACACUGCAGCCCAGGGCGCUACGCUCCAGGACAAACUUGCCAAACAUCCCAUGGCUACCGCGAUCUUCCGCUCUAACUCAUUUACGAGCUCUCCUGCCAAGGGUCCUAAGGAGACCGGAAGAGCCCGAUCCAAGACGAGGGCAGGUGGUGAGGGUAUGGUUGGAGAAUUUUCCGACAUGGUCUACCCCAUUCCAGCCAACUACAGCUAUAUCAUCAUGGGUCCCACUUGGGGAACUACCACUCCCACCGAAGGCUCUAAGGGCCGUGAUGCUGAGAAGGCUUACCCAAUUCCAGCUUACUCUGACUCUUCCAGCAAGGUCGAGGUCAACCCAGCCAGAUCCAGCAAUGGAGGAAAUGAGGGCGGACAGAAGGAGAAUACCAAGCCUGCCAAACUUGUUCAGACUCAGAUCAACCUUGGUCAGAAUCCCAUCACCACUUGCAAUGUCUGCAAAUUUACACUCAACCGUACCGUCGUUGAGGACGUCAAGGCCCACGACAAAUUCCACCAGGCGUUUGUCAACCUUGCCUCGAAGCUUGAUAUGGAUGAAUUCUGAAGACGCAAGAAGAUCGACGGGUUCUGCGCCGAGUCAGUUACAAGCACAUAUCGGUGUACAGGCUUGAGCUUUGUUACAGUGUUCAUUGAUGCGGAGUUAGGUUUCGGUGUUUCGGGCAUAUUCACAGGGUCGGCAUAUUCAUGGGGCCAGGCAUA